AUGUCGUAUCCACAGGGUCACUUUAUCUUCAGCGCUGCCGACUGCAUAUCUGAGUUCAAUCAGCUCCGAUCAGGGCCAGAAGCCACCAGACCCAAGUUUAUGAUCUGGAAAAUCUCCGAUGACAACCAAGACAUUGUAGUCGAGGAAACAUCGACGGAAGAAGACUACGAUGCCUUUGUGCAUAAGCUAUGGGAGGCAACCGACAAUGAUGGCAAUCCGGCUCCACGAUAUGCCAUCUAUGACAUGGAGUAUCAUUUCGGGAUCGCGGGGAAGCGUAACACGACCCUGUUUGUCUGUUGGAGGAAUCGCCACGCGCCUUUCAAGCAAAACCUGCGCUCCCUUGGCAGGAUGCAAUUCCACGGAGUUGAUCCUAACGUUUUGGUUGUUGAGGCAGAUCGCAUACAAGAUCUUGAUUGGGACUACCUCUUGACGGAGGCCAGUGGGGACCAAGAAUAG